AUGAAACUUGUCUUGAUCCUUUUCUCUUUUCUCAUCCUCCUCCAAGCAUCCCAAGGCUUUGAUUACCAUGAAAAGGAAUUAGAGAGCGAAGAGAGCUUAUCAAAGCUCUAUGAGAGGUGGAGAAACCACCACUCUGUAACCAGAGACUCCCACGAGGCACUAAAGCGGUUCAACGUCUUUAGACACAAUGUGCUUCAUGUCCACAAGACGAACAAGAAGAACAAGCUUUACAAACUCAAGAUCAAUAGAUUCGCCGACAUAACUCACCACGAGUUUAGAAACUCCUACGCUGGCUCUAAUGUUAAGCAUCACCGGAUGCUCUGUGGACCAAAACGUGGAUCUGGUGGUUUCAUGUAUGAGAAUGUGACCGGAGUUCCGAUCUCUGUUGAUUGGAGAGAGAAAGGAGCUGUCACUGAUGUCAAGAAUCAACAAGACUGUGAGACUUACCCUUACAAUCCUGACGACUUUGGGUUCUGCAGAGCUAAAAAUGUUGAGGGAGAAACUGUAACGAUCGAUGGACACGAACACGUCCCUGAGAACGACGAGGAAGCACUCCUCAAAGCUGUCGCUCACCAGCCUGUCUCUGUAGCAAUUGAUGCUGGAAGUUCAGAUUUUCAGCUUUACUCUGAGGGUGUGUUUACCGGAGAAUGUGGGACUCAGUUAAACCACGGCGUGGCGAUUGUUGGCUAUGGAGAAACGGAGAAAGGAACAAAAUAUUGGAUAGUGAGAAACUCAUGGGGUCGAGAAUGGGGAGAAGGAGGCUAUGUUCGGAUUGAGAGAGGAAUAUCAGAGAAUGAAGGACGUUGCGGUAUAGCACUGGAAGCUUCUUAUCCCACCAAACUCACUACUACUACUACUCAUGAGCCAGUAGCUCGUGAUGAUGUUAAAGACGAACUCUAG